AUGAGAUUAUUUCUUUUAUUAAUUACUUUUAUUGCAUUAUUUGGUGCUAUUAAUGCAUUUUCAGGUGUUGAUAUUUCACAAGGAAGUUCUGUAGGUGAUUUCCAAUGUAUGCUAAAUCAAGGUUUUGAAUUUGCAAUCAUUAGAGGUUAUAUGGAAACUGGUCAAGUUGAUCCAGAAGUUGUAAACAGUAUUGCAUGUGCACGUGAAGCUGGUGUCGAAUAUGUUGAUACUUAUCUUUUCCCAUGUUUUAAUUGUGGUAACCCACAAGAUCAAGGUCCAGCUUUAGUUAACUACUUAAGUGGAUACAAUGCUAACUAUGGUAUGGUAUGGUUAGAUAUCGAAUCAUCAGAUUGGAGUGGUGAUCAAUCAGCAAAUGUUGCAUUUUUUGAAGGCUUAAUUUCAGGUUUACAAAGUGUUGGUGCUCAUAUUGGUGUAUACACCUCAGCUUCACAAUGGAUUCCAAUCAUGGGUGGUUAUACUGGUGGUUCCGAAUUCCCACUUUGGUAUGCCAAUUGGGAUGGAGUACAAAGUUUUGAUGAUUUUUCAGCAUUUGGUGGUUGGAGCACUCCAGCAAUUAAACAAUAUAAUGAUGGUGGUAGCAACUGUGGUGUUGGUUAUGAUUUUAAUUGGUAUCCAAAUUAA